ACGAUGCAAAAAAUAUUCGCUUUAUUCUUGACUAUAUUAGUCAUGUCGGCAACGACCUUUGCUCUUAAAGAUCCCAUUUGUGGUUUACCACAUUCCCAGGACGGUGACAAUGAUCUUCAAUGUCGUGGCAGAUUCCCCUCAUUUACUUAUAAUGCUGAGGCCAAGGAAUGUAUCGAUUUUAUUUAUGGCGGUUGUGGGGGCAACGAAAAUCGUUUCUCAUCGAAAGAACAGUGCGAGGAAAAGUGCAAAGAAUAA